UUGUUUCCUACUGAAGUAGCUUAUAAAAGAGUAAUUUUUAAUGCUUAUCAAUAUUAUUCUUAUUAUAAGCAAUCAAGAGUUCAUUGGCAGGCAAAUUUUGAUAAAGUGGUUAAACAAAAUCAAGAACAUAAGGAAAAAAUCCUACAAUUGGAAGCAAAACUAGAAGAAAAAAAUAAUAGGAUAAAAGAAUUAGAAAACAGAAAGUUAAUAAGUACAACAAAAGAAAAAGUUAAGGAAAAUGUUAAAAAAAAGUUUGAUACCUACAUUUUACAAAAGAAUAAAAACAGUUUAGUUUUUAAUGUUGCUACUUAUCAAAUUGCAACAUUCAAAGAUAAUGGUGAUUAUGCUGACAUAGCUCAUAUUUGUAACAAUUGUAAAAAAGAUUUGGAAAGUGGUAUUCUUCCUUAUUGUGAACUUUGUGGUAGACUAAAAAGAAAUAGGAAAGCUUGUUUUUGUAAUCUACUAAAAGAAAAUAAAACUAGAGAACUAGAAAAAGAACAAUCGGUUGCUAAAGAAGAGUUAAAAAUUGAAAGGAAAAAAGUAGUCAAAUUUUAA